CUCCUGCAGGCUGCAGCUCCCCUCCAUCACAACACCGUGCUCCGCGUUUCCGGGGCUCUUUAAGAGCCGAGCACUGCCUGUAUCUGCUGAUCAUCAGCCGGCUCGGCGCCGCCUCCCUCCCCGCUGUCCUGCUGCAUCUCCGGGUUGCUCCGCUCGGCUCCGCUCGGCUCCCGGCGGGACUGCGGGACUCCAGCAGCCACCAUGGAUUACCUGUGAUCAGCACUAAGAUGCGGCCGGCCCGUUUUCCUCGCCAUCCCGGGUUAUGCUGCUGUAAAAGGGGAUGCAAACGCCAGAGCUCAGCAUGUCUUCGGUGGUGGUAUUUGGACAGACUGAGCUGAGCCUGAGAGAGCUGCCCAUGCAGAGCUGGAUGUCUCACCUGCCAUGUGCUCUGUGGGAUGUUCCCUUGUACCACCUGGCCAUCCCAGGUAGGCCGCUGCAUACCACUGUGAUGCUGAGGAAGCUGGGCUAUUUGAAUGAGUCACCAGGAUAUACAAAUGUGCAAAAGGCAAGCAAAUGAGAUGAACAUGUGCAGCAAACAAAAGGCAGUCACAACGCAAUAACCUACUGUCUGGAUAUGAACGACAGAUCUCCUGUUGACCCUAUGCAGCCGGACAUGCUUCAAAAGCUGGAUAAAUACAUGAAGCCUCUUAUUCGCCCCUUUGUGUACAAGUGGGCAAUAACCCAGGAGUAUACUAUAAAGCAGCAGCUGGACUGUGGGGUCAGAUACUGCGACCUAAGGAUCGCACACAGGCCCAACGACAACUCCACCGAUCUCUACUUCUACCACGGCGUUUACACCACGCUCACGGUGGAGACCGUCCUGACAGAGAUAAACGAGUGGCUGGAUGCUCAUCCCAAGGAGGUGUUAAUUCUGUCCUUCAGCCAUUUCCUCGGCCUCAACCAGGAGCUCCACUCGCUGCUGCUCACCACCAUCCGCAACAUUUUCACUUCUAAACUGUGUCCCAAAAUGGAAGUGUUAACUCUUCGAAAAAUGUGGGCUUUGAGGUACCAAGUGAUUGUGUCCUAUGAACACAGUAUUUCUGGCUGUAACCUGGACUUGUGGCCUCACAUCCCUUACUGGUGGGCCAACAAAUGCAAAGCCGAGUCUCUUAUCGAAGACUUUGAACACAGGAAACAACAUGGCAGACCAGGAGGUUUCUUUGUCACAGGAAUUAAUCUGACAGAGGACCUGAAAUACAUCUGCACACACCCCACAGAGUCCCUGAAGGACCUGGUGAUGUCCACGUACCCAACGCUGCUCAGCUGGGUCAAAGAGCAGACCCCCGGCUCCAGACUCGGCUCUCUCAACAUCAUUGCUGGAGACUUUAUCACGGAGAGCCUCUUUGCACCAACUGUCGUUAAACUGAAUGAGAGACUACUGAAAUAGCCCUUCGGGUCCUGUCGUGCAUCAGUGGCAUUACUCCACAAAAUAAGUGGGUUGCAGCAUGAAAAAACAUUGAAUUACUUGGAAUAUACAUUUGAAAUUGAAUGCACUUGCUGGAGGCAGCAACAUGCACAUUUCAGCCUCGAAGCUGCUUGGAAACUGAACCUCUGGUGUUUUGAUCUGCACUUGUUUGUUUACCUUUUGUUCACUGUUUAUGCAAGGUACUGUAUCACUUUUCACGAGUCGGCGCGGUGGACAGUUUUUUUGUCACGCUGACUUAAGCAAUAAUGUGACAACUAGAUUCACCUUAACGUAGGCAUUUUCGAUGCAUAAGCACAAACAAUGAAGCACAUAUGACUGUAAUAUAGACCAGUUUCCAGAAUUAGUGUGCAGGCAGUAAGUUAAAGAUGUAGUUAAACUCUGUCAUCUACACUAAUUGUAUUUAACCUUAGGGAAUGUAGAGAAGAGAUAAAAUGUAUGCAAAAUGCAUGAAAAAACCUACUGAAUAUGCAUGAACCUCAAAUUGACUGUUCUAUUAAAACUUGAGUUAAACUAAUGAUGCACCGCUGUGCCUGUAAAAAAUAGCCUUUCCAAUAAAAAUGAGCAUUUUUAAUCAAAUCAUUUUAUUUUAUUUGUUGAAUAUUCAGACUGACAGGUCAAAGUUGAUACCUUUCCUCUUCGUACAUAAAAGGCACAAAGUGCAGUUGUGCUCAAAAUUAUAUGAUGCACUGUAAAAUGAUUUGCUGUGGUGAAGACCAGCCUCUUCUUUGUACCACCCAUAGAUUUUUAUUACUGGAUCAGUUUUUUUUCAGUAAAUCAACAGAUUAUGUUUUAUGUUGUUUUUAUGGUUUAGGUUUCCACACACUGCAUCACUGCAGCUCGUAGGAUUGUUUGCUUGCAUUGCAUCAGAGCUUUGUUUCACUGACACAAAUGAUGAAACCGGGUCUUUUAUGUGAGCAUUUGGCUGCACAGAAUGUCAAAACACAGGGUCCCUAUAGGCCGCAGAGAGAGGGGUAAAAAGGUUUUUGUUUAAUCAUGCAUGAAGUGUUUUCUUUUUCAAUUGUCUGCAUGGCAUCAGCUCUUUGAAACAGCGAAUCAGGGAUCAGUUCAUUAUCAGUUCAUUACAAUCCAGUUUAAUUAGUGCAGUUGGUGUGGUGAAAAGGAAGAGGAAUAAAAUGAAUGUUAAGUCUUUUAUGCUGAGUUUAAUGAAAAAAAAAAAACAACCACCAAAAGGGUGCUCAUAUUCAAGUAUGGCUGGUUGAGGUGUAAAGAUUUUAAAUAGCACAGAAUAACAAAAUUCUUACUAAUAAAAAUGUGCUAAAAAAAUAAAUCAGUGCAUCAGAAAAAGAGAUAGUGAUAUUCAUGCAGGCAGCAUGCAACAAUAACUUCAUCAUACUUAAACCCUACUUUUACUUGCACAACAAAUAUAUCCAAAUAAUAUUUUUUCCCUUUUUAAUACAUUUUCCGUCCUAUUCAGUUGUUUCCACUUGAACACUGAACCGUCCUAUGUCUGAUUGAUCUACAUGUCCAAGUAAAUAUUUUAAUACCAAAACUUCAACCCUCAGAGAAACAAAGGUCAGUCUCUGUAGGACCUGCACCACCUGAGCAGUU